AUGGGAGUGCAAUUAGCAGCAGAGCAGGCAGGGUUCGUUGAAAUGGAGAAUGUUAUUUUCACAGAUUCAGAGUUGGUGCAUCAUGUAAGGGACGCCCUCAGAGCUGCCCUCUUGGGAGACACUGACAAUUAUAACCAGCUAGUUGGCGUGUUGCACCACAGUGAACGCCUAGCUCCCGAUGAGGUGGCCCUUCUUGUGACUAGUUUAAAGGCUAUAACUGGAGCAGUUUCAUACGUUGAUGUUGUGCACCAUCACUCUCUUCUUUCUUGUAUAUGUGGAAUGAGUUUGUGGAACUAUGGGCCUGACGUGAUGGAUGCAUUGGUUGAAUUAAUGACAUCCUUGGCUGCAUCCAGUGGGAAAUAUGUUGAUUUAUGCUUGGAUAUGCUCGUAAGCAAUUUUAUGCCUCCUUAUUCUUUCCUAGAAUCGCUGAAGGAGCCUCGUGGUAUUGCAAGAAAGGAUCAAGUUCUUGAUCGUGUGCAUUUAGCACUGAAAGACAUUGCUGAUUUAUUGCCUCUUAUCCCUUGGAGAUUGGAGAAAAUAAUCAUUGAUAGAAUGCCAAAUAUAUAUACAAAAGAACCUUUGAUCGUGAUAUAUGUGGAGAACAUGUUAAGGUUGGAGAGUGGUCCCAUGGGAGAACUUGUUGGGAGCAUGAUGAUUACUGCAGUGAUGGAUAGGCUGAUAGAUUUGGAUGUGGAAAUACCAUGGGAGGAAAUUUUACAGGAUGAUUCCAAUAAAGGCAUCUUUGAGAUGGAGCUUGAAGAUUUGGAAGUCUCUGCAUAUUAUGCUGAGAAUGACGGUGAUGAGGAUAGAUUAUCCAAAAGUCUGAGCAAUUUUAAGUUGAAAGCAAAAUUGGAUAGUGGAAAUGACUGGCGGUGCUUUGGAAAAGACACAUUCAGCACAGUGGAUAAGCCCCUUGACAGACAGGCAUAUAGAACAGUUUCAGCCCUUCUCUUGGCACCAUCAAGAGUUCGUCCUGAUGACUGUGUGUAUUUCCCUACUCAAUAUGGAGGAAGGUUGACGUUGUCCUUAAGUUAUACAGAAAUUAAUGUGGAACUGCAACUUCCAAGGGAAUUUUUGAGGCAAAGGCUAUUUGGGGGAAACUUAGUUGCUGAAAAAUUAGAUAGCUUGCUGGUGCUCACACUGGAACACCUUAAAUCCUGUAAUGAUGGUGGCCGUUUGAUUCAAGUAUUCGAAUGUCUCCUCCAGUCAUUUGACAAAACUGUUUUGACUGCUUACAAAUCAAAAUUUACCCAGUUUGUAGUGUUCUAUGUCUGUUCACUAGAUCCUGAAAAUUGUGGAAAGAAGUUUGCGAGUAUGCUUGCAAAUAUUUUUAUGAAUGAUGUCUAUGCCGAAAGAAGGAUGAGUGCUGUUGCUUAUCUUGCUAGUUAUUUGUCUCGUGCAAAGUUUCUACCCCCGUCAUAUGUUGCUACCAUGUUGGAAAGUCUGGUAGAUUGGUGUUCAGAUUAUUGCAAAAGCCAGGAUGGUGACGUUAAUCCAAAAGCACAUAGAGUGUUUUAUUCCGGAUGUCAGGUAUGUGAUGAUUUGACACCACCUCUGAUUAUUCCCAGAGCUUAA